AUGCAGUCAGUGCUUACAGGAAGUACAACAACCGCUGCCUGGACGAGUGUUCUGACAGAGCUCUUCAGCCGCUUCGGCCCCGUCCUGUCAGUGGAGCUGAAGGAGAGACCAGGAGCGUCUGAAUCACAGAAACACAGCGCCGUGUCCAGAUACUUCACAGACAAACACAGACAGUGUUUCAGGGUGGCCUACAUCGUCUUCAAACACGCUUCCGGUGUGAACGCAGCCAAACGUCACCCAGAGAACGACCCGCUCAUCGUCUCUACAGCCGAGAGACGCGUCAGGACCGGCAUCCACAGUGAGUGUGAGGCGGAGCGUCAGAGCAAGGAGGCGGAGCAGCAGCAGGAGGAUGAGGAGGGCUGGGUGAAGGUGACGAAGGGCAGCCGCAGCGUGAAGGUCCGCCCACACAGCGAGACGGCCAAUGAGAGGACGCUUCAGAAGGAGAAGAAGAAGAAAGAGCGCAAAGAGCUGCUGAACUUCUACACGUGGCAGCACAGAAACACUCAGAAAGAACACAUCGCUGAGCUGAGGAAGAAGUUUGAAGAGGACAAGCAGAGAAUCGCUGUACUGAGAGCGGAGAGGAAAUUCAGACCCUACUGACUC